ACCUUGCACAUGAAACAUGUGAUUUCCCUCGAACGCUCACCAGCUCACCAGCUCCAGUCAGCGAAGCCAGAGUUUUCUUUUAGAAGAUUUCCCCACUCGCUCCCCUCACACACAGACGAGCGAGCGAGCAACCGACUGUGCCUGUGUGUGUGUGUGUGAUUCUGAGUGUGUGCUCGUGCGUGUGGCGGUCGUGAGUUUCGUUCAUAGUUCGUUUCGUGUCGGUGACAUUUUCCAAAACGCGAGAUUUUUCCAAACGGAAAUGUCUUAAGUGCUAAUUAAAAUUGAAUCAAUCGACUGUGCAAAGUGAAAAAGAUGAGUUUCUAGACUAGAUCUAAGCUUUACCACAAAUAAAUAAAUUAAUAAAAAUAAUAAUCUAUAAAUAAAAACUGAAACAAGGAGAGAUUUUGGGUUUUAACGAGCUACCAACCAUAAAUCUUGGAAAAAAGCAAACCGGUAGUUUAUUGGAAAGUACUAUAGUUUGUAGUUGGUUUUUAUUCAACCGAAAUAACACACACAUAAAUCAAUGAAACGAGAAUAAUAAAUUAUCAAGCUGAAGUUAAAUAUUUAAUUUCACACCGAAUGAUAUAAGUGGCAAUAAAAUUUCCGUGCGAAUUUGUGGCUGUCUACAGAGUAGUGGUAGGGGGAGUGCCAGUGCCUGAGCCGGUGCCUGUUCGAAUGCAUAAAUAAAUAAGGCUGACAGCAGCCGGAGACGCAUGUAGUGUGCGUUUUCGGAGUGUGUGGGUGUGUAGAGUACGGUGACGCUCAGUGUGACCAGCCAGUUGACCCGUAAACCGUAUUUUAUUCCGUGGACCCCACCAAGUCACCGGCGCAUUAAAGGAGAAAAAAGAGGAAAAAACGUGAAGCAGAAAGGAGGACCCCAAUCAAGGCCAAAGUUGCCGAAACUUUCACCAAGAAUUUAUUGCCAAAUGCCGCGCUCGCGCACUCCACUGUCCUCGGGGCCUCGUUGUCGGCCUAAGGAAAAAACCCAUAACCUCCACUCACUAAACCGAAAAUCAUAAACACACACAGCACUGGAGCCCCGCAUAACCUUCCUGCACACCAUACCAAGCCACACACAUAUCCUGCAGGAUAUGCCAAAGGACCAAGGACGAAACAAUAAAUAUCAUCAAGAGGAGUCCCAUGUAAACCAGCUUUAAAUAUUUAAAUAUUGACAGACCAACAACUGACCAAGCAACCUUAACAACUGAUCGGAUAUCAGGACGCAACAAACCAAUAUACAUAUAUAAUCCAACUGAGCGGACCAAAAAGCUGCUACCUUCAGAGCGAUAAAAUAAGAGGAUAUACGGAGAACUAUACCUAGAAUUUAUAUACCUAAGAAGCAUAGACUAAGUGUACAUAUGACCAGAAUGGAACAAAACUUGGUAAAAGCUUUAAACUAGAGACCUAAGACAACCGGAGGAGACAAAACCAAACUCGACUUUUGCUGUCAAUUCUCUUAAAAAAUAUACAUAUAGAAAGUGUUAAGUGUAACUGAACGUGUAAUCUGUAGACUGUGCCAUGACCAUAUUCAAGCUAUACGUAUAAACUAUCCCUAAGCAUAAGCCACGACGAAGCAUUUAGAGAAAAAAGCAACUCCUAUUACUGCUCCUUGAACUAUUGAACUACCACUAACACCAUUUCCAGGUAAAGCAAGUUAAGCCAGACUAAACCCAACUAUACCUGCAACCGCAACACAUCAACUAUCCUAUCCGGGAGCUUUCCCUGCUGUUGUUGUAUGUUUUUUUUUUUUUGUAGAUCUAUAAGUGUUCUUUGCCAAAUGCAUUUAUGCGACUGUGUGUCUUUACCUGUGUGUGUAUGUCCUAGCACGAUAUUCUGUAUCUAUGUAUGUCCUGUAAGUCCUGAACAAUGAGCAGCACCAGCCUCGGUGGUCUGGAGCAAGAGGUACCCGGCUGUAGCAGCAACAUCAGGAACCACAAUGACAACAAUAACAACGAACCCAGCGGAAGCGGCAGCAGCAGCCACAACAACAUCAGUAGCCGCUUAACACGAAUUCGUAACUACAAGUUAGCUAAUUGGUUUCCACACCGCGCCGAGGAGAACAAGCGCAAGAAGCGGGUGGAGCAGCAGCGCCAGCAACAGCGUCAGCGGCGGGGGGCCAAGGUCUUCAAAUGUGUCAGCGACUCCACCGGCCACCUGACCCUGGCCCCCUCCCGCCUCUUUGAGCGCACGCCCAUGAGUCCCUCGGACAGUCUGGACGAGAUCGCGCUCCAGAUACCCAGAGUUCGAGUGGAGUACUAUGUGAACGAAAACACAUUUAAAGAAAGACUGCAACUCUAUUUCAUUAAGAAUCAGCGAUCAAGCUUACGCAUACGAAUCGCCGAUUUAUUCCUUAAGUUACUGUCGUGUGUUCUCUACAUAAUACGUGUGAUAUUGGAUAAAAAUCCAACAUUUAUAACAUGCUAUGGCUGCGAAGUGGGCAAUAAAACAGAGUUCAUCAUCUCGGCCAAACUGACGGAGGAGGAGUUCCAGGAGAGUCCCAUCAUCAAUUGGGACGCCAUACUCUGGGUUAAUCGGCCGACAGUGCUCUGGAUCCUGCAACUACUUCUGGCCAUGGUGUCGUUAACGCAAUCCUUGGUUCUCACAUAUCUAGGCUAUAAGGGCAACAUCUGGCAACAGAUACUCUCAUUUCACUUUAUACUAGAAUUAGUAACGACAAUACCCUUUGCACUAACGAUUGUUCACCCGCCACUUCGGAACCUGUUCAUUCCCAUUUUCCUCAACUGCUGGCUGGCCAAGCGUUCGCUGGAAAAUAUGUUUAAUGACCUUCAUCGGGCCAUGCAGAAGUCCCAGUCGGCGCUUUCCCAGCAACUCACAAUUCUCUCAGCCACCUUGCUGUGUUUGGUCUUUACCAGUGUUUGCGGCAUUCAGCACUUUCAGCGGGCUGGCCAUCGUCACUUGAACCUUUUCCAGAGUACCUACUAUGUGGUUGUGACCUUCUCCACGGUGGGUUACGGUGACUUUGUGCCGGACAUCUGGCCAUCGCAGCUCUACAUGGUCAUCAUGAUUUGUGUCGCCCUCAUUGUCCUGCCCACGCAGUUCGAGCAACUGGCGUUCACCUGGAUGGAGCGACAAAAACUGGGCGGAAGUUACAGCUCCCAUCGCGCCCAAAGCGAAAAGCAUGUGGUGGUCUGCUCCACCACUCUCCACGCGGACACCAUAAUGGACUUUCUCAACGAGUUCUACGCCCACCCGCUCCUGCAGGACUUUUACGUAGUCCUGCUUAGUCCCAUGGAACUGGACACCACGAUGCGUAUGAUCCUUCAGGUGCCCAUUUGGGCGCAGCGCGUUAUCUAUAUACAGGGCUCCUGUCUGAAGGAUGGCGAUUUGGCCAGGGCUCGAAUGAACGAGGCGGAGGCGUGCUUCAUCCUGGCAGCUCGCAACUACGCCGACAAAACGGCCGCCGACGAACACACCAUUCUACGAUCCUGGGCCGUGAAGGACUUUGCGCCGAAUGUGCCGCAAUAUGUCCAGAUUUUCAGGCCGGAGCACAAGCUGCAUGUGAAAUUCGCGGAGCACGUCGUCUGCGAGGAUGAGUUCAAGUACGCCCUCCUGGCCAACAACUGCACCUGCCCCGGCGCCAGUACCCUGGUCACUCUCCUCCUCCACACCUCUCGCGGCCAGGAGGGCCAGCAAUCGCCGGAGGAGUGGCAUCGCCUCUACGGGAAGUGCUCCGGAAACGAGAUCUAUCACAUUGUGCUCGGGGACAGUCGAUUUUUUGGUGAAUACGAGGGCAAGAGCUUUACAUACGCCAGCUUCCACUCACAUCGCAAAUAUGGAGUGGCUCUGGUGGGUGUGCGUCCGGCAGAACUGCCGGAAUUCUACGAGGACACCAUUCUGCUGAAUCCAGGACCCAGGCACAUUAUGAAAAAGGAUGACACGUGCUAUUACAUGAGCAUCACCAAGGAGGAGAAUUCCGCAUUCGUCGUUAAUCAAAAUCAAACAUCGGACCCGGCGGCAGCUGCCAAGGACGGAGUUGGCGGUGGUGGAGGCGGAGGCGGUGGUCCUUCUUCUUCCGCCUCCACCCACCAAGCGGCUGCAACUGCAGUUCCAACAACAAUAUCUACAACAAUACAACCAACAACUACAACAACAACAACAAUUAGCACAACCUUCACAUCAUCAACAUUACUAUCAGCAUCAACAACAACAGCAACAAUAAAUGCAACAUCCGCAGCAGCGGCCGCACCACCACCGCCGUCUGUGCCGUCUGUUUGUGUGCGUGUGCCCCACAGUCCCAGUUACGAGGGUGGUGGUGGCAGUGGCCACACAGCCCACUUGCAACCGUAUCCGUAUCCGCAAUCGCAAUCGCAAUCGCAUCCGUCAAUGCAAACACCCGACAGUGGCGAGUGUGCAUCACUAUUUGUGCCCAGCGAUAAUCCGACGGCUGUGAUAAUCUCGGACUCCAGGCAGAACCUCAAGGACACCACGGUGACCCAGACGGCGGCCACCACCACCAUAACGACGACGACCUUGCCGCCGCCGCCGCCACAGUCGAUGGGCGGGGCGAGUGGAUCGGGCGGCAUGGGGAUGGGCAGUACCCUCAAUCUGGGCACCUCCUUGAGCAUCACCCCGGCGACCUUGACCACGACGGGCAACCACCUGGACGUGCCCUUCGCCAACAACCCGAAUCUGCUCAGCCCGGAUGUGCUCAACCAACGGAGGGGAAGCAGACGCCCCUCCAUCCUGCCCGUACCCGACAUGUUCACCUCCUCCUCCUUCAGCAUCGCGGGCAACGACGAUGGCGAGGAGGGUGACGAAAGUGACGAUGAGAUUGAUGACGAAAUGCCCUGGCGUUCGCCCUCCGAGAAGAUUGCCUGCUUGGGCGGGCACUUUCCACAAUCGCGCACCUAUUCGCUCAUCAUGAGCUCCUCGGAGGAUUCGUAUCAGCGCAGUUGCAGCUUCUGUAAUGCCACUGCCACUGCUGCUACUGUUGCUGCUGCUGCUGGGGAAGAUGACGAUGAUCCUGGUGCUUCCACCGAUUUGCCAACUGCAUUGCCAUCCGAGGAGUACCUGCCCCAGUUACGCCGGCGAGUCAUGAAGAAGAGUUUCAGCUGCGACAGCGAGUGCCGAAGUGUUCCAGGAAUGGGAAUUGGAAUGGGCAUGGGCGGAGGAGCUCUGGCCAGAUCAGCAGCGGCCCACAGGCGGCAACUGGAGAGGUGUUGCUCCUGCACUUGUUCCACCACCUCAGCCACAACAACGACAACGGCGGCGGCGGCAGCAGCAGCAGCAGGAGGAGCAGAGGCGGCAUUCACGUCGAGCAGUUCCGUACAGACACGUCGGCCCCGGCAUCUGGUUUGGGCCUCCGACAUCACCGGCAUUGUCAAGGGCUUUCCGCCCGUGUCACCCUUCAUCGGCGUGAGUCCAACGCUCUGCUACCUGCUCAAAGAGAAGAAGCCCCUCUGCUGUCUCCAGCUGGCCCAGGUUUGUGAGCACUGCAGCUACCGGAAUGCCAAGGAGUAUCAGUGGCAGAACAAGACGAUCAUCCUGGCAGCGGACUACGCCUCCAAUGGCAUCUACAACUUCAUCAUUCCACUGAGGGCUCACUUCCGCUCCAAGACGUCUCUGAAUCCGAUCAUCCUGCUGCUGGAGCGAAGGCCGGAUGUGGCCUUUCUGGACGCCCUCUCGUACUUCCCAUUGGUCUAUUGGAUGCUGGGCUCCAUUGAUUGCCUGGAUGAUCUGCUGAGGGCUGGCAUUACGCUGGCCGAGAGCGUGGUAGUGGUCAACAAGGAGCUGUCCAACUCCGCCGAGGAGGACUCACUUUCCGAUUGUAACACCAUUGUGGCUGUUCAGAAUAUGUUCAAAUUCUUUCCCAGCAUCAAGAGCAUCACAGAGCUGUCGCAGAGUUCCAAUAUGAGGUUCAUGCAGUUCAGAGCCCACGACAAGUACGCCCUGCACCUGAGCAAAAUGGAAAAGCGCGAGAAGGAGCGCGGCUCGCACAUCUCUUACAUGUUCCGGCUGCCCUUCGCCGCUGGCGCCGUUUUCAGUGCCUCGAUGCUGGACACCCUGCUCUACCAGGCCUUUGUCAAGGACUAUGUGAUUACGUUUGUGCGACUGCUAUUGGGCAUCGACCAGGCACCCGGCAGUGGCUUCUUGACUUCGAUGCGGAUCACUAAGGACGACAUGUGGAUACGCACGUACGGGCGACUGUACCAGAAACUCUGCUCCACCACCUGCGAAAUACCCAUCGGCAUUUACCGCACCCAGGACACCUCCAAUGCGGACACCUCUCAUGUGAGUAACUCGCCGGUAGAGCGAUGGGGACCCUUCUCGGCCUUCAGCAGGCAUUGUGUGCGCUUGCGUCCAUCGUACGACGAGGAGACCGGCACCCCGGACUCGACGAAGGACUCGACGGAAAUGCUGCGCGGAGUCACCUACCGCCCCCCAGCGUCGGCAACAGGUGGCGCCAGCAGCUUCCGGCCGCAGACACAGCGCCCGCGUUCGGUCAAUUGUCUCGGCGGUUGCUCGGAGCGCAAAGGAUCAUCCUAUUCCAUUAAUUUGGCCGACGAGGCCAGGGACAACCACGCCCAGCAGAUCGAGAGGGCCGAGAUAGCGAACCUGGUCAGGAGUCGGAUGGAGUCCCUGAACCUGCCCACCAUCGACUACGAUGAUGUCAGUGAGAAGCGCAACCACCUAUCCUAUGUGAUAAUAAAUCCAAGCUGUGAUCUCAAACUGGAGGAAGGCGAUCUCAUAUACUUGGUCAGGCCAUCGCCGUUCUCGGCCCAAAAGACAUUUGAGCGCCACAACUCGCGCCGCAAAUCGAACAUCUCAUUCUGCUCGAACAUGAACCUGGGUGGCCAAAUGCCCCAAAUGCCGCAGAUGAACAUGAAUAUGGCCAAUACCGCCGUCGGGGCUGGAUCGCGACGCGGUUCCGGCAUCGCCGGCUUGAACCCGAUGCAAAUGCAGAGUGUUCAGACAUUGGCCGGUCCGACGGUGGUUGGCAAUCAGCGAGGACGGAGUAACUCAUUGCGGAUCGACAACGACAUCCUGCUCCGUCGAUCCUCGUCCCUGCGACAGGGCCUUCCCAGCGUGGGCGUCAGCCACGGCCGGAGAAAGUCGUCGCUGGAGGAGAUCGGCAUCAGUCACUUCACCACCCUCAUGCAGGCAACGAAUCACAGCAAUCCCAUCAAGAUAUCGCUCAACGGCAGCAUAGGCAUGGAGAACCAAAUCUCCUUGCAGGUUACCCCACCCGAGGAGCCCACCCCCAUGCUGGGUGUUCCCUGCGUUGUGGGCGGUGGCGGCGGUGGUGGCAUCAAUCCUUCUGGUGCCGGAUCCUCGACCGGUGGCCUGCUGGGUGCCGGCUCCUCGCUGGCCAUCAAUACGGCGGAUCUGGGUCCGGGACCGAGCACCUCGUCGGGCGCCAGUGGAUCCCUGCAGGCCCAGGACUCGCUGGGACAGGCGCCGUCGCAGGUGUCCUCGCCGCAGCAUCUGCAGGGCACGAUUGUAUGAUACAACCUGAUGUGGGGGCGCCGCCUCCGGUCCUCCAUGUCGAAAAACAAAUGGAUAUAGAAUUCGGCCGGCACACACAGACACACGCGUAGAGAUAAGUUCUGAUCGGAGCAAAAGUAUUAUUAAUCCAAGAAAAUCAGCCCACCCCCCCGUAUAAACUAAAAAGUAAACUGUCUGUGGUGUGUGUCUCCCUGGGAACCCCUCCUACCCCCAAAACGGUAACCAAAUUAAGUUAGUGCUCGCUUAUCGUUUUAUCCCUAGAGGGAUAUAUAAAUUCAAAUAUAUAAAAUAUAUACUAAACUAAUCAUAAGCAAUGAUUAUGUCGGCCCUGCUACUGGAAGAGCCCGCGGCAAAUUGUGUUUUGGGAACAACAACUGUAGUUAAACUAUUGACGAUGAUAGUGACGAUGAUUUAGCAAACUCUGUAUAACUGUAUAUAUAUAUAUCUGAUGCUUAGUCUAUCGGGCUUUAAUGCUAUAAAAAAAAAUAAUAAAAAAAAAAUAACUAAGAAAAGAAAAGCCAUGUAAAUACCUUAGGUAUGACUUCACUGUCUUAGUGGGCUUCAGUCUGGUUUUUAGAAUCCCCCAUCUGACCCACGUAAACCCCAUAUAGAUCAUAUAUGAAGGUGCUAUCAAUGUCUUGUACUAUACACUCACACCUAUUAGAAAUGUUUUACAAACAAAAAACGAAAAGAUGACGAAGAAACGGUUUUCAUAACAAAAAUUGGAACGGGCUUUGGUAUACUCUAAUGCUUUACAAAACAAAAAGGAAACAAACUUAAGAAAUAAAUCAAAGAAUUUGUAUAUAAACUCUAUCAAUUAAGUACCAACCACGCAUUCAAAAAAAAAAAACACAAAAAACGAACAUAAAAACUAUUAGGAUCUAACGAAAACUUAAAACUUAAAAUUGAAUGAACAACAGAAUUUAGAAAUAGAGCCGUAGUUUAGUGACUUAACCAGUUAAGGCUAGUUUGGACCCAGUACGGAUGGACGGCAACUGAACCAAAAUAUAAUGAGCUAUAUGAACAGGAUCGGUUGCAGCUUAACGAAACCGAAACCGAAACCAAAUCCGAUGCCCUGUAGCAUAGUGCAACGCAACCCACGUCCCUAAAAACUCAAUUCGACGGCCAAGUUAUAUCCUCUUUAGGAAGUAGUUUAUGCAAAAAAUGUACCUACACUACAAAUACAUACCACUUACAUCACAUCCACACUUACCAAAGACAACUAACUAACUAACUAACAAGAAACAAUUAAAUUAGUUAAAGCACCUUAAGCAGUUUUAUAAGAAAAUUUUAGUCAACGAUGACGAUGAAAUGCAUUCCAGUGUCUCGAGAGAAUAAAAAACUAGUUAAGCUUAUGCCUAGCACCCCCAUAAAGAAAACCUAUUUAUAUAUAGAUCUCCGUAUAUAUCUAUGUGUCUGUAUAUCUGCAUCUACCGCAUAGAUCGAAUCGAUGUCUCAAUGUACAAAAAGAAAAAACCAAAAAUUAGGUAACUGAAUCGCAUCGGAGAGGGCAGAUACGGAGCAUUAGAGAUACAAUUAGUGUGGUCUAGGGUAUAAACUUGCUGUAAUAUUUAUCGGCGUCAUGCUCUUUAAGGCAGGCCGAACAGAACUCACAAUAAACUCAAACUAUAGUUGGAAAUAAA